UGGUGGGUCCCGAGCAGAAACAGAGCCGCGGAGAAAGGGCCCAGGAUACAGCUUUCCAUCGCUUCCUGCAGGGCUCAGACUCGCCGUGUGGUGCGGCUUUAUUGCCUUGGCCUCAGGCAGGUGGCGGCUGCGCCUCUGGGUUUUUCUGAGGCGGGUAAAGUGACACCGAGUCGCUCGAAACCUCUGAGGACAGUGCCGAGAGGGAUGCACGUCUCUGGACGAGAAUUUUCCUUCCCAGGGUGGGAGUUGGAAUCCCCACGGAUGACUGGGGACCUAAGAGGCCGGAGAAAGACCGCCGACAGGCGCUUCCCGAAGUCCCGUCCCGGGUUCAGCGCCGGAUGAGAGAGCCCUUGGCCCGCGCUCCAUCUCGCUACCUCGGCCGAGAUUUCGGGAUGCGACUCCGAAUGUGGAAAUCUCUUGUUUAAAAUAAUAGUUCUCUCCUGCCUUCUAAGAAAAUCAUGUAAAAGGACCGUGAUUUCUGGAAAGUUUAAAAAACAAACAAUCGUUCACCUCCAGUGUUGUUUCAGGUUUGGGAAAGGUGGGAAUAUCUCCAGCCUUGUUUUGAUCUCAGCUGGAAUUCCUUAAGCUCUAAGAUUUCGUCUCUUCAGGCAGAAAAAUGGCACCAAAACCGAAUGUGGUGACAAGGGUGGCCAACUUGCCCUUGGUGAGCUCCGCUUAUGACCUUGUCUCCACGGCUUACGUCAGUACAAAGGAUCAGUAUCCCUGCUUGAAGUCUGUGUGUGAGAUGGCAGAGAAGGGCGUGAAGACCAUCACCUCGGUGGCUAUGACGAGUGCUCUGCCUAUCAUCCAAAAGCUGGAGCCACAACUUGCUGUUGCCAAUACCUAUGCCUGCAAGGGGCUGGACAGGAUUGAGGAGAAACUGCCUAUUCUGAAUCAGCCAACAAAACAGGUUGUUGCCAGUGCCAAAGGUGCUAUGACUGGGGCGAAAGAUGCUGUGACGACUUCUGUGUCCGGGGCCAAGGAUUCCUUGGCCAGCACGAUCACUGGGGUGGUGGACAAGACCAAAGGAGCAGUGACAGGCAGUGUGGAGAAAACCAAGUCUGUGGUCAAUGACAGUAUCAACACAGUCCUGGGAAGUCGGGUGAUGCAGCUGGUGAACAGUGGAGUAGAAAAUGCGCUCACCAAAUCAGAGCUCCUGGUAGACCAGUACCUCCCUCUCACCCAGGAAGAACUAGAAAAAGAAGCCAAAAAAGUGGAAGGAUUUGAUAUGGUUCAGAAACCAAGUUAUUAUAUUAGACUGGGAUACCUGUCUACCAAACUCCGCUCUCGGGCCUACCAGCAGGCCCUCAGCAGGGUUAAAGAAGCUAAGCAAAAAAGCCAAGAGGUCAUUUCCCAGCUCCAUUCCACUGUCAACCUGAUUGAAUUUGCCAGGAAGAAUGUGCAUAGUGCCAACCAGAAAAUUCAGGAUGCUCAGGAUAAGCUCUUCCUCUCCUGGGUGGAGUGGAAGAGAAGCACUGGCUAUGAUGAUGCAGACGAAUCCCACUGUGCUGAGGACAUAGAGUCACGUACUCUCGCUAUUGCCCGCAACCUGACUCAGCAGCUCCAGACCACGUCCCACAUGCUCCUGUCCCACCUCCGAGGGUUACCACAGAACAUCCAAGACCAGGCCAACCACUUGGCGGUGAUGGCUGGCAACCUCUACUCAGUGUUUCACAAUGCUGCCUCCUUUAAGGAAGUGUCUGAAAGCCUCCUCGCUUCCAGCAAAGAACAGCUGCAGAAAAUGAAGGCGUCCUUAGAUGAUGUGAUGGAUUAUCUUGUUAACAACACGCCCCUCAACUGGCUGGUACUUGAUUUCACUGUCAUAGACUUGACAUUUGAGAAUGAUGAAAUUCCAGAUGUUAUACCUUUGGAAGAGGAAGAUGGACCAGAUCAUUCACAUGCCAAUGGCUCUGAGCCCGCUCAGGGCAAAAUGUUGAAAAACUAACAAGAAAAAUCUUUUGCUGAACACACAGUUUGUGUCACUUUAAGCCUCAUUUUUGCCCAUGUGCUUAUUCCUGUGGCUUAGGGAUUAAUCUAUUUUUUGGCUACUUGGUCUUAACUGUAAUGAAACACUGAUGGAUCCAAACUUUUGUAAGAGAUUCUAGUUCUGCACCAUAUAUUAUUUUAUACAAUUCUUCAAAGUUUAAUCAUUGAAAUGCCUAUAAUAAAAAAAUGGGCUGUAUAAUCUUGAA